AAAAAAGGGGGCCCUUUUCUCCUUUUUUUUUCUUUUUUAUAUUCAAAUGAGUCUUGAUAACAUGCAACAACAACAACAAGUAGAUGAAGAGGAAGUGUUUUAUACUCCACCUAAUUCACCCAUUCUGAAUGGUCAAUCAACUUCUACGGUCUCGGACAUAUCAAAGCUGAGCUUUGUCACCUUGAAUGAAGCAAUCACAGCAAAGAGUCUCUCUAUUGCGAUUAAAAGUGAGACAUCUUUGUCACGCUAUUAUGAUUCAAGGGUCAAAGCAAGAACUUUUGAAGCAUAUGUUUGGGACUAUAAAAAGGUUGAUCAUUUGAAUGUUCGUGAAGGUGAAUCUUAUCCCCUCUUUUCACCAGAGUGGUAUGCACUCAAAAGACGAGAGUUUUUUAAAAAUAUCAUGGUGCGACAUGGUGACCAUUGUAUUGAAUGCGGCGUUCUAAUGGUUAAAAGUCGGGAGAGAAACCUUCAAUCUUACAAAGAACCAUCUACCCAAAGACGUAGAGGUCCACUCUGCUUGGCAUGUCAUCGGUAAAAAAAAAAAAAAAAAAA